AUGUCCAAUUCGCAACCGGAGGAAAACAAUUCAAGCCUAUCUCCGGCGGAUGUGCCAACCAUUAUUGAGCCGCCUCCUAAUAUCAGAUAUUACGUGGAUAAAACGGCAAGUCUUGUUUCCCGCAAAGGGUCCGAGUUUGAGAAGAGGAUGAAGAUCAACCAAGCGGAGAAUCCAGAGUUCAACUUUUUCCGGAGCACAAAUCGUUAUCACCCAUAUUACCAGCUCAAGCUUGCUGAGUACAGUGCGCAGCAUCAGAGAGAUCAUCAAGAUAUGGAUGAUGAGCGGCCACCUCCAGAGGUCAGAUUUUACCUGGAGAGAGCGGCACUUCUUGUUACCAAAAAAGGACCGGAGUUUGAGAAGACCAUGAUGAGCAAUCACGAGAGGAAUCCAGAUUACAGGUUUUUCCGGAGCUCAGACCGUUAUCACGAAUACUACAAGAGCAAGCUUGCUGAGUACAGUGCUGCGGAGAAUCCAGAAGAUAUCCAACUCGAGCAUAUUGUAUAG